AUGUCCCAGCAGUAUUCACAAUAUGACGACGGCUUCGAGCCCACACAGCAGUCGCAGCCGAUAUACUCGCAGACACAAAACUCCCAGGCAGCGCCCAAUAGUCAGCUUGAACCUCACCGAAGAUACUGGGCCAUUUUCAUCCCUACCACCGCCGACCGACAGAUCUUGAAGAUUCCUUGGUCAAAGCCGUUUAUCCAGAUAGGCAGAGGGCCACAGUCCCUUUCCAAGAACGACAUAGUACUCUCGGAAAAGAGAGUUUCCAAUAAACACUGCCGGUUGACGCUGGGGAUGCCGGGGAAGAGUGGAGGUCCGUCGGUCAACCCUUUGUAUCAGAUGUGGAUGAACGGUGAGAAGGAGCCAGAGGUCUGGAUAGAGGACCUCAAGAGUAGUAAUGGAACAUUCGUCAACAGUGUCAGAGUGACUGACCGUCGUCUGCUUCAACAAGGCGAUGAAAUCUCCCUCGGCCAUCAAGGCGCCUUGCCCAAUAAAGACGGCACAGUCCACGAUGUCCGAUACAUUUACAGAUCUGUAGGUCACACUGGCACCGUGGCCAACAAGUCGAGCGAUCCUGUCGGGCAAGUGUACGAAAGGUAUCAAGUCCUUGAACGGUUAGGAGCGGGCUCCUUUGCAGAGGUAUACAAAGCUGUCGACGUUUCGACGGGGGAUAUGCGGGCUAUCAAACACCGCUUCGCGAGCAAACUCAGCAACCUACAAAUGUUUUACCGAGAAAUCAGUAUAACCCGGUCUUUGGAACAUGAAAACAUCUGCCGGCUCAUCGACUGGUAUGAAGACCCUCAGCACAUCUCCCUUGUCCUUGAAUUCGUGGACGGCGGCGAUCUCCUGGACUAUAUCAUGGGAUACGAUGGCCCAGGCAAUUCUGCCGAGGAACUUGCCGCCGCCUUUACUCUUCAAAUAUGUAGUGCAAUGGCUUAUACACACUCUUUGGGUGUCACACACCGUGAUUUGAAGCCAGAGAACAUCCUCCUUAACAACAAUCCAAAUGGUCCACCCACUCUCAAAAUCGCCGACUUUGGCCUCGCUAAGAUGGUACAUGCGGGUACCAUGCUCACAUCAAUGGUCGGGACUCCUGUCUACGUGGCGCCCGAAGUCAUGAUGCAGAACGAACAAGGCUACGAGAACGUCGUGGACUCUUGGUCUGUCGGUAUCAUCGUAUACAGUAUGAUGACGAAGGCGUUGCCAUUCGACGAGAAGAGUGAAGACCCCGUUGAUGUCCGCAUCAAGGCCCGCUUCACCCAAGAAUGGGACCACUACCUGCUCGCUGACUGGGGAAUCAGCGCGCUUGCUAUUGACUUUAUCAAUCGCCUUCUGGCAAAAGACCCUAAAGAACGUAUGACCAUGAAACAAGCCCUCGAGCACGAAUGGCUAGCUGGGCCCUCUUCACAAUCCCAAUUCACAGAAUCUCAGCAAGAACAUCAUCGCCUUGGUGGAGAUUCUACAUGGCAUAUCAAAGAAUUCGACGACUCUUCAUUCGAAUCCAUGCCAUUUGGCGAGGCAAAGUCGGAAGUGUGGGGCAAGCCGCCCACAGUAUCGGGGACGAGGAUAGAGAGUAUGGGAGGUAGGGAUGAAGAGGAAGUCGGGGAGCAUGAAGGCUCGGAUGACUUUUCUCAGCCAAUGACGGGCUUGAGGCUCGAUACCCCUGUACGCCAGAAACCGCCGAAAAGGGUUUCAGAAAGACAAGCUCUGGUCGGAUCUUCUGUUCCUGACCUCGAUAACGAAAUCGCCAGGGAUACAGUUCUCAUGACUCCCCCCCUCACCACGUCCGGCUCCUGUACCGACCCAAAUGUGAGAGCUGAAGGACCCGACUCCCUAGAAAAGUCUAUGCCUGAUAGCUUGAGGCAAAAGAGAAAGGCGGCGAGGUCGGAAGAUGGUGGGAGCAUCGAUGAGGAUCGAAUGAGGGAGUUUGGGUUCGGCACAGAUGCUGAUGGGGAUGGAGAACCUAGGGCCGAGGGUCGGAGGGGAAAGAGUGAGGGGGCGGAGGACUUGUCCGCUUCAACAAGGGGCCGAAAGUCCAUGAGGCUACUGUGA